AGCAGGAACCAUGACGAAGCGGUCCUUCGAGCGUCCCCGUUGCAUAGAAACGAAAGCCGUCGGGUAAUCGUGCAACACUACAAACUUUUAUUAUCUGGACACUUAGAUAAGUAUAGAAAAUCAGUCAGCUUUUCCUCAUAGACCAAAAAUGGUACCUGGAUAAUGGUACUUUGGAUAAAUAGCCUUGGUUAACAAAUGCUGUCAACACUAAUUGAGUUAGCAGCGCUAGCCGACUGUUAACUAACCUUAUCCUAGCCGUCGUUGUCUCCUUCGGAUGCGCAGGCUGCGCGGUAUUUGUAAAUUCAGCUAGGCUAGCGAUACAACCGUCUUUCUCCAAACGAUAGAAAGUUAAAAAAAAGAAGGAAAUGGCUGGCGACUUUAGCAACAUAUCUGAACUGGACCAAAAGAAGUACGAUGCAGACGAACAAGUGAAGAUCAUCUGCCUAGGAGACAGCGCAGUUGGUAAAUCUAAGCUGAUGGAGAGGUUUCUCAUGGAUGAAUAUCGUCCCCAGCAGUUGUCAACUUAUGCUUUGACUCUCUACAAACACACAGCCACUGUAGGAAACAAGACAGUAGCGGUCGAUUUCUGGGACACUGCUGGUCAGGAGAGAUUUCAGAGCAUGCAUCCUUCAUACUACCACAAAGCACAUGCAUGCAUCAUGGUUUUUGAUGUUCAAAGGAAGAUCACAUAUAAGAAUCUUGCUAACUGGUACAAGGAGCUGAGAGAGUAUAGGCCACAGAUACCCUGUUGUGUGGUUGCCAACAAAAUUGAUGCUGAUUUGAAGGUGACACAGAGAAGCUUUAACUUUGGGAAGAAGCAAGGUCUUCCGUUUUACUUUGUGUCUGCUGCUGAUGGGACUAAUGUUGUUAAGCAGAUGUUCAGAGAGAUGAUCAAGAGAGCAGUGGACUACAAGCAAAACCCCAGCGACUUCAUGGACGAAGUGAUGCAAGAAUUAGAGAACUUUGACCUGGAGAAGAAGGAAGAUAAUGCAGAGGCAGAUGAGGAUGGAUUGAAAGCAGAGAGCCCCGAGUUGGUCUGAUAUUUCCAGACCCUCCAAACCCUCUUAUCAUCUCAUGGAUUAUUUUAUCCUCCUCUGGUAUUGAUUCGGUGAAUAGAUGAUGCUUUUAUUCAAAAUGUCAGAGAUCUCUGAUUCUCUGUGACUGAGACAGUUAACAGGCACGUUGUUUGUCACGUGUAAUAUGUAAUUUUGGUGGGGUUUUUUUUCAGUCACCGUCCUCUAUCUGUCCAGUGAUGUUGGCAGGGAAAUAAACCUGGUGGAAUAAUUAGGAACUGUGUUCUUUACCAGGUUUUGAUUUAGCAUUGUUAUUCAUAUUUUAACAAUAUAUACAAUAAUAACAGUAGGAAUACCUACAGUGAGACUGAACGUUUGCUUAUUUUGUGUCAUGUAACAAGAAUGUGAAGCAUUGAACACUAACUUGCACAGAACAAAGAGAAUGUGUGAAUUUGAGCCACAUUUGCUGCUGUUCUUGAUGUUUUUGUGUAGUUUUGUGUGCAGCUCCAGUGGGGAGCUGCAUGUGCUGGCUGCUUUGGUUACAUUCAUUUUAUGAUGUGAAAGUCUGUUUUUCAUUGUGCUUUAAAUGAAAAUUGAAUGCACCAUGUAA